UCAUGUGGCCUCCCCCUUCGAGUCGCACUGACAGGGUUGGACUGAGCUAGUGGGACACCGGGAAAAAACCCGGUGGGCCCCUGGCUCUGCACCCACAUCCGUGACAAAAGCUUCUUAAUGAGAUUAAAAACUUGUUGGGACCCCAGUCCAGUGCCACCAGGUGCAGAUAAAGGACUGGUACUUGCCAUUGAAUGGUUUUGCAAAGAAAUAUCUCCCAAAAAUGGCACAAGCUUUUGUGGAACCAGCUGGGGGUGCAUUUUGGGGCAGCUUUUAUACUUUACCACCUGGGGUGGCCAAGACCCUGUAACUACCCUUUUGCCAUUCCUGUUCAUAAAGCUGAAUACAGUAUUUGCUAGAACCUACUCCUUCCUGCAUUGAGUGAGAGGUAAGUACCUAGCAGAGCUGGUUGUCAGUAGGUUGCCUACUGAUAUCUCUCCGAGCCAGUCAUUCUGUGGCAAAAACCCUGAAUGGCAUCUAAUGCUGGUUAUGUGUUACACUGCAGGGCUACUUUGGGGUUUCCCUUAGCCAGCAGCAGCCUUUUCACUGGCAAAUGUCAGCCUUCACUGGGUUCCAUCAAUCUGGCCCUCAUAAUGUUGUUCCAUGGCAUUACCUUUGGGGUUAUAGUGUACUAUUGUGUGUAUGCACUUUGCCAGUGUUUUCCCACCUCUGAGUGGUACCAUCUAGACAAGAUGCCACUUAUGCCGCAUAUGUAAUAAAAGGCACGUUUGCCCGGGACAGUGACGUCACCCAACGCCACCAAUAAGAUGCUUGUAAACGGUCAAUGCUGUUGGAUAAUUGGUUGUUGUAGGCGAUCAUUAUCCGUAUUAUUACAUAACCACAAUGCAGACUGGGUGGUCUGGGACCAAUUAUUAGGUAACCUAAGAAACGGCUGGGACAAGUGAUCUCGGCAGGGGCGGGGAUAAAGUUCGCACCGGUUUUAACGCUACUUUGGAUGGCCGAGCAGUGCCCCGCCUACUAAGCCAAGGAUCACCAUGGUAACCUGUUGCUCAACCUAACAGCGACACGACCCGCCCAUCUUUUUUUGACUGGCGAAUAGAGUUACAUCAGCAGGUAUGUCCCUAGCUUUGAUUGGCCAGUUGGUUCCAUUGGUUUGGCUGCGAGUCUCGGCGCUUCUCUCUCUCUGUUGCCUGGGAAGCAGCGCCGCUUUCUUCUGAGCUUCCGGUGCAGAACCCGUAAGUGUCAUGGCGUCCCGUGAGGAAGUGACAGUAUAUGAAGAUGAGAUCAGAUCUCACUACGGGCGCCUGGAGAAAAUGACUGACCUGGUGGCUAUGUGGGAAGUUGCCCUCAGUGACGGAAUCCAUAAGAUAGAGUUUGAGCAUGGCACGACUUCCGGGAAGCGAGUUAUUUAUGUUGAUGGGAAGGAGAUUAUCCGGAUCGACUGGAUGUUCAAGCUGGUUGGGAAGGAGACGUUCCCGGUGGGGGCCUCUCAGACCAAGGCCACAAUUAAUAUUGAUGCUGUCAGUGGCUUUGCCUACGAGUACACACUAGAUAUAAAUGGCAAGAGCCUGAAGAAGUACAUGGAGAAUCGCUCCAAAACCACCAACACAUGGGUGCUGCACCUAGAUGGCGAGGACUGCAGGGUGGUGCUGGAAAAGGACACAAUGGAUGUUUGGUGCAAUGGAAGAAACAUGGAGACAGCGGGUGAGUUUGUGGAUGAUGGCACAGAAACACACUUCAGCAUUGGGAAUCAUGAUUGCUGUAUCAAAGCUGUGAGCAGCGGGAAACGCAGGGAAGGAAUUAUCCACACGCUCAUUGUGGACGAAAGGGAAAUUCCGGAAAGCACAGAGUAACAGACUUACCCCUGCUUUAUGGACUGACGGCAAUCUGGGAGCUGGGCUGAACUGCAGUACAUAAUAAUGGCCGUAUCCCAGCACUUCACUUGUAUUGUACAGCAAUGUGAUCACUGCAGGGAUGUUUUUCCAUUUACUCCUGGCAGGGCCUUUGAGGGAGAUAAAAAUAGUUGUGCUGCUGUAGCACCCCAUGUGUACAACAGCCCAAGCUUUAGCUCUACAGCCCACUUCAUUCUCUUCUAAGGUCCCACAAACUAGUUCAAUGUGCACUGGGGCUAUGUACCAUACAAGAACAGUACUGUAGUAAUGUGCCAGCAGGACCUGUAGGUUUACCUGUGGGUCAGACAGGUUUAGUAGUGGGUAGCAAGCCAAACUUCAUGCACUGUACCUCCCUGCUGGUGAUAUCAUUGGUCAUGCCCUUCACAGGUAAUUUUUCACAAGCGUGAAAAGUGGCUUCUGUCUGUGGAAAGUGGUACAGCAGCCUUCUGCCUUAAAGAAGGAGAAGGAAAGCUCCAAGACGGUUUAUUGCCAACAGAUAAGCCACAAUAGUGCAAGCUAUAUUUAUUCUGCAGAAUGCUUUACCAUUCUUGAGUAAACAGCUCUAGACACUGGCUCUGUUUGUUUAGGAUAGCAGCUGCCAUAUAAGCUUGGUGUGACAUCACUUCCUGCCUGAGUCUCACCCUGCUCACUUACAGCUCUGAGCUCAGAUUACAGCAGGGAUGGGAGGAGGGAGAGGAGCAAACUGAGCAUGCUCAAGCCCUAGCCCUGGAGGUUUAUGCUGAAACAGAAGCCCAUGUGUACACAAUAGAAGGAAAGCAAUGCAGUGUUUCUUUUGACAGAGGACUCAGAGCAGCAUUACUUUUAGGAUUUACUGAUGUAUUUAUAAAGACAUUUCUGAUAAAGUUUACUUAAUUUUAGCUUUUCCUUCUCCUUUAAAGGGCAAGCAUUUUAUUCUACAAAAAUCCACUGUGAAUAUUUAAUUAAUCAACAAUUAUUUUAUCUGGCAGUUUUUUUGUAAAUUUUAUAUAUAUAUUUGUUUGAGAAUUUACGCUGUGAAUUGCUGACAGAUUUCACCUGCUCUGAUUGGCUGGCACACACCAUAGCUUGGGGUGUUUUCAAUGUAGAAUAACUUUAGGUGAGAGAUUUCAGUCAUUAGCCAUUUAUAUCUCAAACUAUAAGGAAAUAACGUGUAUAUGUCAAAAAUAAAUAUGUAUCAUAUGCUCCAGUCCAGUAUUUUUACCAAUCACAUUUCCCUUUUAAUGCAGAGUGAGAUAAUUAAACUGUGGUUUUUAAGUUGA